UCACUUUCUUUUUGCAGAACCAAAGAAUGCAAGUGGAUAUAUACAGCAAUUAAUGAGAUAGUAAUGGCGACGAACAACUCACAAACGGCAUCACCUUCUUCUACUGGAUGUGAGAGCCCAGUUGAAGAAAACAUUAGUUGGCCUGAAGAUGAUGACCGACUCAACGUGUUGUAUUCUCCUUUUCGAGAAAGGGAAGUGAAUCCGAAGUCUUGGGACUCCAAACUGAAAUUCUGGUCCAACGUUCUUCUUCAAGAUUUUAGAAACGCUGGAGAGUUGACAUUUGACACAAAAACUUUGCCACACAGGUUUAAGAGAAAACAGAAAAUUCCCUCGUGUUUGGGGACCGUUUUGCAAGAACUUUUAAGACAAGGCAAGAUAGUAUCCGUAACAGAGUUCGAGGCAAGCUGUCAGCAAGUUGGCUGGAUUUCCUGGGGUGUCAACUAUUUAGUCAAGAAGCCAAUAUGGUGGACUGUAGGCACUGUUACAGGGACCAACAACCUGGUCAAAGAUGGAGAAUAUAUUUUGGUAGAUUUGCUCAAGGAAUUGUGUGAUAAAACCAUAGAUAAAGUACAAGAAAGAGCCCAGCACAAAGCAACAGAUUAUUUGUUAGAAUGGGCAGAGUUAAAAACCCUCUGUGAAGACAUAUGUAAAGAUGACAAGUCUCUUAAUCUGGUUUUGCUGCAGUUAGUUAAGGACAAGAAGGCACAGUUCAUGGAGCCUACCAGUAAACAAAAGUUAAUCAAGUUUAUACAGAAAGGUGGUAGAUCUGCCUCACCUGUGUCUGAAAUUGACCUGGGUGUUUUAAGGUUAAGAGAGAGUGAAGCCCAUCUUAAGGGAGAAGUUGAAAGGGUGGCUGAAGAUGUGAAGAGAUGUGUGCGGGAUGCCAAAUAUUACCUAAGUAAAGGAUUAAAGAACUCUGCCAAGAAUUCACUAAGGAGGAAAAAAGCCAUAGAGGCAUCUUUAACAAAAAAGGAAAAUGCUCUGGAAACUGUGCAGGCCUUGCUGCAAAAAAUACAGGAUGCCGAGUCGGACAAAAUGAUUGUUGAAGCUUAUGAAGCUGGAAUGUCAGCAUUGAAAGUGAAGAGAGACAAAGAUGGGCUCACCAUUGGCAGGGUAGACGAUAUCAUGGAUCUGCUACAGGAGGAAUACGAAAAAGAUGCAGACAUCAGUCUUGCCUUGGCCCAGGGCCCUGCUGAUCCAAGCUUGGAUAUUAGUAGGAGUGAGUUAGAAGCUGAACUGGAUGCCAUAUUGGCUGGGGAAGACAAUGGCGGGGAAGAUGCCCUGGCAACACAACUAGGAGGAUUGAAAUUGGAGCAAGAAUUUCCGCAAGUGCCGUCAUUCGAUCCCUCCUCAUCCUCCGCAAGCUCGGUUCAAGAACUGGAUUCUAAUUUCACUCUUAAAGACAAUAAAGACAAGGAUGCCAUCGUGGAGAAAGAACCUUUGUUGGCUUAAUAAAAAUCAUAGGAAAGAUUGAACACCUUUUUAACCGUCUUGCACAGUGUUCUUCAUAAAAAAAUGUGUAUUAGUUAUUUGAAGCAUGUACUGCCCAGUCGAUCAUGUGUGUAUUAUAGCAUAAACUUGGAAAAGUUUUCUGGUGCAGUAUUUUCAAAUUAUGACAAUAAGGUGACAAUGUUUAAAAAGUUUUGUUAUUAACGUUUUGCCGAUAGACUACAAAUACUACUAGUAAUGGUGCUUUCUUUGUGUCAAUGCUAUUGUUCAGCUGGGAUAUGAUAUUGGAAGAAGAAAUAUGCAAAAUUAAGAAUUAUGAAUGAAGCCAACGAAAAUUAAAGCAUUUAUGGC